AUGUCUAGCGGACCAAAAGGUAAGCAGUUUGUUCAUAGGGAUUGUCAGCCUCAAGAUUUGUCCUUACAUAUUAAACUACACCAGUUCGAAUCUUCAAUUGCUAAUUUUAUAUGUCCUCUUAACCAUUAUUCUGCAGAUUCUUUUCUACAAACCAAAUCUAUAAAGUGGCAGCUCUUGACAUUCACUACGUAUUCAACAAGAAAGACACCAAGUGAAAGUAUAAGAACAGUGGAUUCAGGAAAAUUUGUGAAGAACAUCACCGCAAUAUUUGACUUCCAAAAUAUGGCAAGGCAAUACAAGAUGAAAGCCGGUGGACAGAAAGAAGACUCUUAA